AUGCAAGCCCAACACUCCCCCACAGGCUAUCAACUGGAGUGCCUCGACGCAGCUGUGCCCGGCCUGGAGGAGGUUCCCAGCAGCUUCCCCCUGGACAGGCCCGCCCUGGCUCGUCUCAUAAAGGCAAACUUCAGGGCCCACAGGGACACGGCCGCACAGCUCAGCGACGGGUACACUGCACUGGACCAGGGCUUUGCCGCGCUGCGCGCCAUACCUGAGCAGCUCUACCUGGAGCAGUGCAGCAGCAGCAGUAACGCGGAGGGCGUGAUUGUCGACGUGACCUCAAAGUGGAUGGGCACCACCGAGGAGCCGCCCACGGGGGAGGCGAAGCACGCCUUCUCAUACAGGGUGCGCGUCACCAACGCGCGCAGCAGCCCCAUCCAGGUGCUGGGCCGCAGCUGGGAGAUAUUCGACGCCAACUCAGCGCUGGUCGGCCACAUCCCCCUGAGCCCGGAGAAUGCGAUUGUGGGUCAGCAGCCGGUCAUCCCCCCGGGCCGAACGUUUGAGUACGUCUCAGGGUCGGUGCUGUCGACGCCGUCCGGCACCAUGCGCGGCCGCCUGGCCGUGGCGGAGCUCCGGGGGCUGCAGCAGUGGCGGCGCGGGGAGGACUGGUUCAAGGUGCCCAUCGCGCCCUUCAUGCUCGUGCGGCCGCAGAGCAGCGGCGGCGGUUAG